AUGUCUACAUCUUCCAACGCAUGUGUUUUGUUUGAGCAUCAUUUUUAUAUCUUAUCUUAUCAGGGACCCAGUAAGAAGGACUUGCGAAAGGCCGCACGCGAGGCAGAAAAGGAAGCCAAGAAGCGGGAAACCAUCGCCAAGCACGAGGCCGAGUCUGCGGCGGACCACGCAAACGACUACGCUAAGGACCUCUACGGAUACGAAGCCAUGAAUCAGAGCACAACGCGCGAUCGUGUCAAGUUCACAAAGAUCGGUGGCCUGAACGAGGCAAGCGCAGGUGACACCAUCACCCUGCGCGCACGAGUCCACAAUGUCCGAUCCACUGGAAAACAGGCCUUCGUUAUCCUUAGACAAAGAUACGAUACCAUCCAGGCUGUGUGCGCCGUGAGUGACACCGUGAGUAAGCUGAUGGUCAAAUUCUGUGGCAUUCUCACACGCGAGUCUUUGGUCCGCGUCGAAGCAACCGUGGCUUCGGCCCCUACGCCCAUCUCCAGUUGCUCUCAGAGCGGAUUAGAACUACAGAUUAACAAGCUGUUUGUGGUAUCACACUCCGUGCCUCAGCUGCCGUUCCAGAUCGACGACGCGAGUGCCUCCAAAGCCGAGCUCGAGAAGGAAGACACCAAGUACACGGCUGUGGGACUAGAUAACCGCCUAAACAACCGUGUGAUCGAUCUCAGGACCCCUGCCAACCAGGCUAUCUUCAGAUUACAAAGCGGCGUUUGCGCGCUGUUUAGACAGUACCUGGCCGGUAUGAACUUUGUGGAGAUCCACUCCCCCAAGUUGUUGGGUGCAGCAUCCGAGGGCGGCGCUAACGUAUUCAAGGCAUCCUACUUUGACCGUAGCGCUUAUCUGGCUCAGUCGCCGCAGCUAUUCAAGCAGAUGGCGCUGUGUUCCGAUAUGGAGCGGGUGUUUGAGAUUGGACCCGUUUUCCGUGCGGAGGAUUCCAACACCCACAGACAUUUGACCGAGUUCACUGGGCUGGAUAUGGAGAUGGAGAUCAACGAGCACUACCACGAGGUGUUGGAUAUGCUAGACGGACUCUUCGUCCAUAUCUUCAAGGGCCUGCGUGACCAGUACAAGCACGAGCUGAAGAUUGUGUCUCAGCAGUACCCCUUCGAGGACUUCAAGUUCAUGGAGCCAUCCCUGCGUAUCAACUAUGUGGAGGGUGUGAAGCUUCUGAGAGAAAACGGUGUAGAAAUGGGUGAGGAGGAAGAUCUCACAACUGAAAACGAGAAGUUCCUGGGACGGUUAAUCAAGGAGAAGUAUGACACUGACUUCUACAUGCUCGACAAGUUCCCGUUGGCUGUGCGACCGUUCUACACCAUGCCUGAUGCUCAGGAUAAGAAAUGGAGUAACUCGUACGACAUGUUCAUGCGUGGCGAGGAGAUCCUUUCCGGAGCCCAGCGUAUUCACGACCCCGCAUUCCUCACUGAACGUGCCUCUGAACACGGCAUUGAGCUGUCCACCAUCCAGCCCUACAUUGACUCGUUCAAGUAUGGUGCUCCCCCACACGGUGGAGGUGGUAUCGGUAUGGAACGUGUGCUGAUGCUGUACUUGGCGUUGGGUAACAUCCGCCGCACUUCUCUCUUCCCACGUGAUCCGAAACGUUUGAGUCCUUAAAUGCAAUGGCUUUUGUUGCAGUCAUAGUGUAGUGCGCCGCAUUCUGUGGUUGUGAGUAUGACAAGCUGUUAGUGGGCAACCGAAUUGGAUCUGGGAGGGAAGAUGACACAGCUGUGGAAUGAGGAAGGUAACUGAAAAAGAGGUUGCGUAUCGCUCACAGCCAUGAUAUGGCUCUGGCAACUCUUCAGCGUGUGUCUACAGUAUUCGCUCUGGAGCUCAAGCUGCUGGGAGUUAGUUUGAUGACCAGGUUAGCACAGGUCAUUUGAUUGAGCAUAUGGAGUGAAUGAAGACACUGAAGCAUACAGGGUUUCAUCACUGAUAUGGUACGGAGCAAGGUCACCUGGAACUCGCAAUUGUGAAAAGGUUGUAAACGAAUUAAAUGAGUAUUCUGCGCCACA